UUGAAAGUAUUCGAGUUGUGCCCCUGUGACUCCGACAUUUAUAGGUCUUACAUGUAAGAUGAUUUUUGCUGAGCAGAGAAUUUUUGACGGAUAAUAACUUUGGCAGGUGUGUCUGUCUAGUGAAGAGCUGAUUAGGAAGAUAUUUUUGGGAUUCUUGUCUAUGGUUUCAAGAUGGCGACACUAUGGAAAGCUCUGGCGUCAGUGUCUUUGUUUACUAGCAUCAUGGCGGCCAUAGUUUACAAUGGAUUCUUUGACUCAGCAUUCAUAGAACUCGGUUUUCAACAUUAUGCGGAGAAACCGAGCAAUUUCAACAUGUUCUUUCCUUCGUUUGUGAAAAUGCCGUUAAACACGGUUGUCAAUGUUGGGUAUAUUCUUCUCGGAGCUUAUUGGUGUGCAAUAACGACAAUCUGCAGGGAAAACAACGUCAUCAAUGAAUUCGAUGCAUUUAUCUUCUAUGUGUUUAAUAUCAUGUCUGGAUUCUAUGGGGCUAUCCAAGCACUGCGCAUCAUCACACAAAUUCAUGGAUUUGGAGUCAUGGAUCAGUGGAGUACUCUCCCUUUCUUCAUGGCCGUUGUCAUAUGGGGGAUGUACACCAAGUGGGGAUGGAAUGUACCUUUGUUCUUGUUCCUCAUGAUUCUUUCAUUGGCCUCCUACAGCUUCACACUGUUUACACCAAUCGGAUUUGAGAUAGCACUUGGAAUCCAUGUCGUCCUGGCUGUUACAGCAGCAGUGAUUGGAUACUCUAAAUACCCCUGUAGGAAUGCCCGACAUUACUUUGUUUUGGCUAUGCUCUCGUGUGCUGGGUUUAUAGGACUAAAACUGCUGGAUUUUCAACUGGUGAAAUAUCAUGAAAUCUUCAACAAGGUUUCUGGACAUUUUCUGUCCAAAAUUGCUGACAUUAUGCAAAUUCAUUAUGUGAAUGAAUAUUUCCGUAGUUUAGUCAUACAGAGAUUUUUGUUACAGCAGGCUAAGAAAGGGAAAAGUGAUUAAGUUAUGUAGGUUGUUUAGAUGUUACCAUGGUUUGAAAUGAUGGCCUUCAACAAGCUUGUAUCGUCAACAUUCAUGUCUCACUUGUUGCAUACUUGUUUACAGAUUUUGUUGACAAUUAUGGCAUGGUUCAUUUGGCAAAAUUCCAAGAUUAUUACUCAUUUUGAACAAAAUGAUAUUGUUUGUUUUGAUAUAUCCUUGUAACAUGAACACCUCGUCAAAUGUUUAUUCUAUGAAUGUGGAUCCCAUUUCACAAAACAAUCAUAACAUAACGAUUUUGGAACUCAGUCGCUUGGUGGAACAGGACCCUGAUAAGUCAGAAUAAAUAAGUUUCCAUGAAGAUUCACAUUGAUAUUUAUGGCAUGCUGAUGUUUUCCAUGAAGAAAAUGUACUGUCUAAAUAUAUAUCACUAAAUCAUGCCUUCUUCAUCCAUGGAAUUGACCCGAAGAGAUCCGGGUUAGAAUUGGUCUUCAAUAACCCAUGCUUGUCGUAAGAGGUGACUAAUGGGAUCGGGUGGUCAGACUCACUGACUUGGUUGACA